AGGUUGUAAUGGCUGAACGAGUUGCACACCCUGGCCCUCGGGAUCGUUCUGUUUUAGUUAUGAUACCCGGUGAGCAUCGUGCCGAUCGUGUGUGGCACGAAUCAGCAUUUCGAGAUGACAAACUGAGGUGCCAUCACUAUUCGUCAUGUGCCUAUGUUGAUGAUGGUCCGCGUCAUCCUGGGGUGGUACGGUUGUUGAGAGCAUCUGGGUUUCACGGUGUCGAGAGAAUAGGACAAAUACAGUUAGAUUGGUCACUUCUGACUGCGUUAGUGGAGAGGUGGAGACCCGAGGUACACGCAUUUCAUUUGCCCUUUGGUGAGGUAGGAUUGACUUUACAGGAUGUGCAAGUGUUGUUGGGGUUGCCCAUUGACGGCAUACCACUCACUGGUCCCACGAUUACUGAUAAGGCAGCGUUGUUGCAGAUGUGUGCACAGUCUGCUGGUUUUAUACCAGAAGAUGAUGAUUUAAAUUCAGCUACCAUAAAAGUAACAAAUAUUCACCCCAUUCCAUUAACCGAUUGGAGCACUGAAUACGAGGUGACUCAACACACUAGGGCCCUCAUUUGGCAGUUGUUAGGUGGUUCAUUAUUCCCUACCACUAGUGGAAACAUGGCUAGUUGGUAUUUCUUGGAGUUGUUGCAGGGGAACUUAGUAGAUGUGCGCCGAUGGAGCUGGGGCUCAGCGGUCUUGGCCUAUCUGUAUCACACCAUGUGUAAGGCGGCCAAGGCCCAGGCUAAACAGAUUGGAGGAUGUUUAAUCCUUCUACAAAUCUGGGCAUGGGAGAGAUUGCCGAUGGUUCGGCCCCAAGGUCAUCUCCCACUUGACCAUAUAUUGGAUUUUCCGUAUGCUGUUAGGUAUUGUUUAAAUAAAUAAUACAUUAUCUAUGUUACUUUGAUUAUUGUAUUACAAGAUGCUAUUUAUGCUUUUAAUCUACGCUAUUUAUUUAUUUAUUUAUUUAUUUAUUAUAUUAUUGUUCAUGGAAACUAAAUCUAGGUGGGCGUGUCAACAUGAUUGGCAGCAAACAAACAGAUUUUCGUUACGGGUAUAUAGGGACCAACUAGAUCGGAUGACGGAAGAUGAGGUAUAAUUUGUUACUUGUACAAUUCAAUUUUACAUGAUUUUUAAUUUGUUACAUUCAAAUUCAAUAAAUUAAAUGAUAUAAAUAACUAUGUGUGCUUACUAAUUGGGAGAUAUUUUUCAGUUCGAAUGGACCCCCUAUCCGUUGAUGAACCUUCCAGCAUAUUGUCAUGAUGCGAACGAUUUGUAGGCUGCGGAGGUUCCAUUGAUUUAUACACGUUUUUCUGAGGCACACUAUCCUAGAAGGUUUUGUCGUCAAUUCAACGCAUAUCAGGAUCGACCCGCUCUGGUUGUUGCAGGGCAUCGUCACCACAAUAGUGGAUCACGUUUCAUGGUCGAGCUUGUUGAAGAAUGGGCAUUACGGUGGAACAAAAUAUUCCCACUUCAGUGGGUUGACGAAGGUCCUUUCAUUAGUGAUGAGUACCGCGAGUGGUACCGUAAUGUAGGAAAACGAUGGCUCACAAACCCGUGUGUUGAUCGUCCCACUCAGGGAUUCGUUCCUGCUCACCCACAAGCGGCUAUUGCGGUAACUAUUCGUUUUAAUUCGUAAUUCUAUUAAUAAAUAAUUUGAAACAAAUUAUAAAAACUGAUGCAUAUUUUAGAUUCAAUGUUUGGGUGAGAUAAUUCGCCGAUUACGAGUCAGAGAUGAUCCGGAUGACAUCAUUGCACACGGUGUAGAGUGUCUUACACGACUUGGUGCAGAAGAAGCGAUUGAUCAUGACAUCAUCACAUAUGAAGCUGCAGAUGUUGAUCCUCUCACUGCUCAUCGUCCCCCACGCCCUCAUCGUGGGAGGGGCGGUCCCACACGCGGAAGGCGAAUUGGCCGGGGUAACGUUCGGAUGGGGGAUGCUGGCACCCAUGAUGAUGCACAUCUGCAUUCUCAAUCCUCUCGUGCCAGUUCAUACCAUCCUCUCGUGGCACAUUCAAGCAUCACAAGUGAAGAGCACAAACCUCUGGAAAGUAAAGAAGUAUCAACCCCGCCAUAACUGCCUUCCGAAUUAUACAAGAGGCAGAAUCGACAAACUCCUUACAAGUAAGCUCAUCGCUUCUGAAAUUAGUUCCACGAUUCGCAUAAAACCAGAGUAUAGUAUUAAGUUGAUAAUGAAUGACAUACACCAAAAGUAUAACAUUCAUGUUGGAUAUAAGAAAGCGUGGUAUGCUCGUAUAUUAGCACUCGAGAAACGGUUUGGCAAUUGGGAGACAUCGUACAACGAUCUACCAAAAGUGUUACAAGCAAUGGCGUAUACUAACCCAGGGAGCAUAAUUGAUAUUCAAAGUGAUAACACCCAGACCCAAGGUACAUAUGAAUUUAAAUUUGCUUUUUGGUCAAUAAAAGCCGCCAUUGAUGGGUUCAAUCACUGCCUUCCGGUUGUGUCAAUUGAUGGAACUCACUUGUACGGAAAGUACAAGGGGCAUCUCCUAGUCGCGGUGGCAAUGAAUGCGAACCGUGAAAUCUACCCUCUAGCAUUUGGAGUGGUAGAUAGUGAGAAUGGUGCUAGUUGGACGUGGUUCUUACAGUUGCUUGUGACACACAUCAUACGGCCGCAUCGGAAUGUUUGCAUCAUCUCGGAUAGGCAUGCGGCUAUAGAUUAUGCAUUUCGGAAUGUGGAAGAAUUGGGAACACCUCGAUUUCAGAGACGUUACUGUCUUCGCCACAUUAGAAGCAACUUCAUGUCCCAAUUUAGAAGUAAACAACUAAUGAAGUUGUGUUGGCAAGCGGGAAGUACCCCGAUUGUAAGUGAGUUUAACCAUUUCAUGCAACAAAUUAGGGGUAUUAACGAGAGAGCAUUCAAGUAUUUAAAUGACAUUCCCCAAGAAAAGUGGGCACUUUGUUUUGAUGGUGGUUGUCGUUAUGGUAUUUUGACAACAAAUCUUUCGGAAAGUUUCAACAAUGCUCUCAAAGGAUGUAGGACAUUGCCAAUCACUGCCCUUGUACGAGCAACUUUUGACAAACUAGUCCAACUCUUCGCCCAACGUCGUAGUGCUGGUAUGAUGUGGCAGCAAGCUGGAUAUCAUUUUCCGGACAACAUUCGGAAAGAGAUUAUGGAGCGUUGGCACCAAAGACCUCACACUAUGGUUCUUCCACACAACCACUACACAGGAAUUUACUCAGUCGCCGUGGAUAAUGCAACACCUGUUACGGUGAAUCUAUCGAGACUUGUCUGUGAGUGCGGUUGUUGGAGGAUGAACGGCAUGCCAUGCGUCCAUGCGCAUGCUGUCUGCCAUUUUCUUAAGUGCCCUGUUGAUCAUCUUAUUCCAGAGGUAUACAAACUAAGUUCUUACAUAAAUGCACAUUCCAGUGAUAUCAUGCCAUUGCCGAAUCUGAAUGAGUGGCCACAAAAUGAGUUCAUUCUUCUGCCGCCUAAAUACUCUUCCAGAACUUCUCGAGUAGGACGCCGUCAAGAAACAAGAUUUCCAAAUGAGAUGGAUAUGCGUCCAAGACGCAGAGCACAACAUGAUUGAUUCACAUUUGUACUCUCUUAUGGUGUAUUAUUUCUUUUCUUUGUAGUUUGUUUUAAUGUUGUAACACUUUUAUUAGCCAUAUGUUUCAAAUGUACUUUUAAUAUGUUAUGAACUUUGUUAAAUUUUGAGUUUCAUAUGACUUAAUGGG